UCUUCGAAUUUCAGCAAAAAUGCUAGCGAGAAGUUGCUCCACUGUACCAUCGCUCUCGCUCUAACACACACUCUCUUUCUAACAAUUUCCUGCUUUGCUUUUAAAUAUGUCCGAUUCUAUUUCCAUCUCCCUUGGUUUCUAGAGAGAGAGAGAGAGAGAGAGAGAGGAGGCCGAUCUGUACAUCGCAUUGCACACAGCAGUGUGCGUUUGUUUCAGAGUUGCAGUGGGGUGGGAAAAUGAAUAUCUUCAGGCUAGCGGGGGAUAUGACCCAUCUUAUGAGCGUUUUGGUGCUGCUUCUGAAAAUCCACACCAUUAAAUCCUGUGCUGGGGUUUCUUUGAAGACGCAGGAACUAUACACUCUUGUUUUUAUGACUCGGUAUUUGGACCUAUUUACCAACUACAUAUCGCUUUAUAACAGUGCAAUGAAAAUAAUUUUCUUGGGAAGCUCGUAUUCUAUCGUGUGGUAUAUGCGUCAUCACAAGAUUGUCCGAAGAUCUUACGAUAAAGACCAAGACACCUUCCGACACUAUUUUUUGAUUUUACCUUGCCUAGUUUUGGCAUUACUUAUCAAUGAGAAAUUCACUUUCAGGGAGGUCUUGUGGGCAUUCUCUUUGUAUUUGGAGGCUGUUGCCAUCCUUCCGCAGCUGGUGUUAUUGCAGAGGACUAGGAAUAUUGACAACUUGACUGGGCAAUAUGUUUUUCUUCUUGGUGGCUACAGGGCAUUGUACAUUUUAAACUGGAUUUAUCGCUACUUCACCGAGAAACACUAUGUCCAUUGGAUAACAUGGAUUUCCGGGCUUGUGCAGACUGCUCUCUAUGCCGAUUUCUUCUACUACUACUUCCAGAGCUGGAAGAACAAUGUAAAACUUCAGUUACCGGCUUAAGAAAGAUCUUCUAUUUCUUUUUUAACAUUCUGAAGGACCAGGGGGUGCUGCCACAUAUGGUCAAUGCAUCGGUUUGCUCUUUCCUGGUGGUGUUUGGCAUUCUUUUCAAUUGCACCCGCAACUCUUUUGGGGCUUUUUUGUUGUUGGGUUGGUUCUGUUUACUUUUGUAAGAGGGAGGGUUCAGUACUUGAAAAAAGUCAUGGUAUAUUUUUGUAUGGGGAGAAGUUUAAAACUGAUUAUUCAAAUGAAAGAAAAUAGAGUUGAGACCAUUCCUAGAUGGAGAUUUUUUUUAGAAGUUUGUGAUUCAAUUGAAGCUGGGAGCUUUACCCUGCAUACAAGGCAACACAAAGCAUAAACAAUUAUUGCGAGGUGUUUUUCAGUUGCUUGAUCUUUCAUGACAGCGUAAGAUCAUGCCUUGAGUUGUUGCCGUUGCUUGAUCUUUCAUGACACUAAGCACGUGCUGCACAAGCUGGAAGGUCACUAUUCCUCAAAGCAGCUUACCUGAAGCAUUCACGACCAGCUUGUCUUGGAUUUCUCAAAGCCAUUUGAGGCUCUGAAACUGUUCAAGGUUUUUUUAGGUUUUUUGUCGAAUAAUUGCUUUAUUUCAUUGUGUAAGAACCUGGUUCCCAGAUUCACUUUGAGAGUGUAGAAGCUAGUCCCACAAAGUUGAUUUAGGAAA